AUGGCCUAUCAGAUAGCUGAAGAAAGUGGAAAGCCUCAUCAUUUCAGCAGUAAAACUAAGAAAGCUGGUUACGAUUGGUUAAAGGGCUUCCAAAAGCGGAAUGCACAUCUUUCAAUAAGAAAGCCAGAAGCACUGUCUGCUCAGCGUGCAAAGUCUAUGAAUGAAGUAGCUGUUGGCCGGUAUUUCAAGUUGUUGGGUGACAUCCUUGAUAAGCUCAACAUCAAGGAUAAAGUAGCUCCGAUCUGGAAUUGCGACGAAUCUGGACUUUCCUCUGUUCAUAGACCACCAAAAAUUUUGGCCACAAAGGGGAAAAAGCAAGUACAUUCCAAAACAAGUGGAGAACGGGGAAUUAACACAAUAGUAUUGGCCUGCGCUAAUGCAGCUGGUACGUUUAUUCCGCCAUUCAUCAUAUACAAAGGUGCCCGACUACAAGCAUCUCUCACUCGAUUUGCACCACCUGGUACUCUCUUUGGAUGUUCGCCUACAUCAUUCAUUAAUGGUGAACUAUUCCAUUUGUGGAUGGAAUUUUUUCUUAGGAAUAUCCCCCCGACUUGUCCAGUAUUAUUGUUGUUAGAUGGCCAUGCAUCACACGUCACUGUGGAGACGAUCCAACUAGCCAAAGACAAUGGUGUGGAGAUGUUGCACUUCCCUCCGCACACAACACAUUGGCUACAGCCUCUUGAUCGUUCAUUCUUUGGACCUCUUAAGACUGCAUAUAACGAAGAGUGCACAGCCUUUAUGGCAAGAAAUCCCAGUAAGGUAGUUACACAACAUGACUUCUCUGAGCUGUUUGCACCAACUAACAGUGAUGGAAAUGACGUUGCUGUAGCAUCAACAUUACCUACAGCCAAUGACCCCAGUGUAGCAUCAACAUCUGCUACAGCUAGCAACGCCACAGUAACACCAACGCCUGCUACACCAUCAACAUCGUCGGCCUCAUCAGUCAGUGAUGACCGACUAAGUAAGUUGUUAACAGUACCAACUGUCACGCCAAACUUGAACCCAAACAAGAAAAGACAAUCAACAAAGUCUCGCGUAUUAACAGAGGAUGAGUUCCUUUAG